AUGGAUGCACUCUUUGGGGCACAAGAUCCUGCACAAGGGUUCUUCCAAUUACUCUUGAAGUUUUGUAACUACUACAUCAUUGCUCUCCUUGGCUUGUCUGCAGCCUUGUCUAUUGCCUUUGGGAUCAGUAUGGAAGGCCUGAGUACUGGUUGGUAUCAAGGUGCCAUCAUAAUUCUUGCCAUCGGUAUACUUGUGAUCGUCUCGACAUUUCGUGCCAUCUGGAAUGAAAAGUUGAAGUUAUCAGAAGCGCGUAAAGCAACAGAAAAGAGGCAGAUGAGAAUUGAUGUUCUUAGAGGGGGGAAUUUGCAGCAGAUAUCCAUUUCUGAAGUUGUAUAUGGUGACAUAGUGUUCUUGAAAAGGGGAUACAAUGUCCCUGGAGACGGCUUGUUCAUAUCCGGUGAAUUCUUGAAGAUGGAUGAUGGUUUAGCAACCAUCAAUGAACUUAACCCUUUUCUCUUCUAUGGUGCAAAGGUGGUUAAGGGGCAUGGUCGCAUGCUUGUGACAUCUGUGGGAAAAGAUACAGCAUGGGGAGAGACGAUGAUCAACCAGGUAACACAAGCUCCCAGCAAGACCUUGUUACCAGCUCAACUUCACAAGGUUAUCGCUACAACAGAAACUAUCGGGCUUUUCAUAUCAAACCUUAUCAUAGUGGAGGUGUUUCUACAUUUUAAGCAUGGGAAGGACAAACAUGAUUUUGGAGUCCCAGAAAUCAAAGGAAAACCAACUUCAAUCGAGCACAUCAUUGAAGUUAUCAUAGGAAUUCUCACGAAACCGAAUGGGAAGCCCAGUAUAUUGACAACUUCACUAGCUUUGUUGGUACUAGGGAUGGUGGAAGGAGUCCCUUCCCUUGUCGCACUUGCAAUCGCUUAUUGGAAUAAGAAAGCCCUGUCUGACAAGUCCUUUGCUAAGGAUCCAUUGGCUUGUCUGAGUAUGGGCUCAGUCACAACCAUCUGCACUGACAAAGCUGGGGGGCUGAAACUGAGCUCACAGGAAGUUGACAUGUGCUUUAUUGGUGAGGAAGUCAUUGGUGAAGAUUCUAUGAUAGAUGCAGAUGUUCUUGAAACUUUUUGCAAUGGAAUUGGUAUACCAGUUCUGGGCCAGCAGAACCCUGGUAAUUCACCUCAGGAUUCAAUCCUUUCCUGGGCUAGACUGAAGAUGGGGCUCGAUAUAGAGAGUCUGAGGGAAAGUUGUACCAUUAUCAACGAACUUCACUCCGGAGUAAAAGGGAGUAGAGUAUUGGUGAGAAAGAGUAAAGAUCAAGAAAGCCAUAUGUGUUUGUAUUGGAAAGGACCUGCAAAAGCGAUCUUACCUCUGUGCUCUCUCUACCAUGAUAGCAAAGGGACAGUGAAAGCUAUGGAUGACAAUAAAAAGUUUAUUUUUGAGCAAAUUGUUGGGAAUAUGCAGUCCAAGAAUCUCGAAACUCUGGCAUUUGCUUACAAGAAGGUUGGUGCUCCAACAUUUGAACGUAACAGCAUAACACUGAUUGGAAUGCUGGUUCUGAAGCACAUAUGUUGGAACGAGACUAAAGAAGCAACACAAGCUUUCAGAAAUGCCGGUAUUAACAUGAUACUCAUUUCAGAAGAUAAUGUAGAGAUGGUGAAAGAUAUUGGUGAUAAAUGUGGAUUGGUUCCUAACUCGGAUAGAUUGGUGCUUGAAGGUCCAGAAUUUCGAACCUUCACCGAUGAAGAGAGGCUGGAUAUGGUAGAUAAAAUCUCUAUCAUAGCAAAUUCCCAACCUUCUGACAAGCUGCUUCUUGUUCAGUGUUUGAAGCGAAAAGGCCACAUUGUAGCAAUGGUUGGUGUCAAAACAAAUGAGACUCCAGCACUAAAAGAAGCUCAUUUGGGGAUUGCUAUGGGACCUUUGAGCACUGAAAACGCCAGAGAAAGUUCCGAAAUUAUCAUUCAGGAUGGGGGUUUCAGCUCAUUGGUUACCAUUAUGAGGUGUGGAAGAUGUGCUAAUGACAAUAUCCAGAGGUAUAUCCAACUUGAGGUCACCACAGUUGUUGCUGGGUUAUUGUUAAACACCAUCAUGGUAGUUGUCGUUGGGGAUAAUCCAAUAACGGCUAUCCAAUUGGUCUGGGUAAACCUUAUAGUUAGUGUUCUAGGAGGCAUUCCUUUAUUGACAGAGCCACCAAGCGAGGAACUGAUGAACAGGCAGUCAAUGAGAAGAACAGAUCCAUUCAUAACCAAGACCAUGUGGAGAAACAUAAUCACUCAAGUCUUAUUUCAAGCUGCCAUUUUGGUAACCUUUCAAUUCAAAAGCAAAUCUGUCCUGCGAAUCAACAAGAAGGUUAGUGAAACCAUGAUUUUCAAUAGUUUUGUGCUAUGCCAGGUCUUCAACAUUUUCAACGCAAGACAGCAAAAGAUUAAAAACAUCUUCAAGGGGAUCCUUCAGAACCUCUGGCUUUGGGUGGCUGUGUGUGCUACCUUGGUGGUACAAGCGGCAUUUGUAGAGAUUGCACAUAUUAGUGUCAGUAAUGCAAAGUUAAAUGGUGAACACUGGGGCAUAUCUUUACUAAUGGGGAUGCUCACAUUGCCAGUUGAUUUCGCAGCAAAGAGCGCAUCAACUUUCAUCAUGUAUUGGCAUACUAAAUUACACAGUCCACACAUUGGAUCCACGGGGACGACACACUCAGAAUUGGCCUCUAAUGUCGAUCCAUUCAUCAACUUAGAUUCCACAACAAACCCGUGA